AUGGCCAUUUUGGUUGGUUUUGUUGGAUUUCUCUUGGGUCUCAUCUUAAACCAUUUCUUGCCUUUGUUCUUCAAGCUUGGUCCUCUCCCCAAAGGGUCUUUUGGGUGGCCUCUACUUGGUGAAACCCUUUCUUUUUUGAAGCCUCACCCUUCUAACUCCCUUGGGGCUUUUCUUCAAGACCAUUGCUCUAGCUACCCAAAGCCCAUCCAUGGUAUUCUUGGGCAGCUUUCAAUGCUGGUGGCAGUGGGUGACACGCACAGGAGGCUGAGGAAUGUGGCCCUCUCAAUGGUCAGCACCACCAAAUCAAAACCUGAGUUUCUCAAUGACAUAGAGAGAAUAGCAAUUCAGAUACUUGAUUCAUGGAGAGAUAAACAGCAAGUCAUCUUCUGUGAAGAAGCAAGAAAGUUUACAUUCAAUGUAAUAGUAAAGCAGGUGCUUGGUUUAACACCAGAUGAGCCACAGACUACCAAGAUCCUAGAAGAUUUCCUCACUUUCAUGAGAGGACUGAUUUCUUUCCCACUCUAUAUUCCUGGGACUCCAUAUGCAAGAGCUGUUCAGGCUAGAAGAAGAAUAUCUUCUACUGUCAAGGCAAUUAUAGAGGAGAGAAGAAAGAAUACAGGAAAUUCUAAUAAAAGGAGUGAUUUUCUUGAGAUACUCCUAUGUGUUGAUACCUUAUCUGAAGAUGAAAAAGUUAGUUUUGUACUGGAUUCUCUGCUGGGUGGCUAUGAAACUACCUCUCUCUUAAUGUCCAUGGUGGUCCAUUUCCUUGGUCAAUCAACCACUGCACUUGAACAAUUAAAGGUAAUUAAUGAAGCUCUUAGAUACGGGAACAUAGUCAAGUUUGUGCACCGAAAAGCUCUCAAAGAUAUCAAAUUCAAAGAUUAUGUAAUUCCAUCUGGUUGGAAGGUCCUACCAGUUUUUAGUGCAGUUCAUUUAGACCCUACUCUCCAUCCAAGUGCUUUCCAGUUUCAUCCUUGGAGAUGGGAGAUGCAAGAUCAAACAUGCAAGAAAUUUACACCCUUUGGGGGAGGAUCAAGAUGUUGCCCAGGAUCUGAACUUGCUAAGGUAGAGGUUGCAUUUUUCCUCCACCACCUUGUGCAAAGUUAUAGUGAAAGGAGGGAGAUAGGUGAUGUUCAGAUUAACAGGGAACAAGAACCUGGAAUAGAAGCUCCUUGUACAAGGUGGCGCCAGUGUCAAUACCACACAUGA